AUGACCACUGUCAAGGACGGUACUGCGUUCGUUUCUCUCGGGCUCACAUUACAUACAUUCUACCAUCAACUAAAACAUCUGCCACUCACAUUUACUAUUGCCGAUUACGAUAAAUUAGAUGAACAGAUCAAAGAUGUGACUCCAUACCAUUCUAACACCAUUGUGAUGAGUUGCACUUCAGUGGACGACUUUGAAGUAGCCAUGUUUAAACUAGUUACAUUACCAUACUGGCAUCCGCUUGCUAAUGUUAUUCUAUAUUUUCAUGGCCCAUAUAAUACUAGUAUUACUGCGCACUUAUUUUUCGCGUUUUGGUAUUAUCGAGCAAUAAACACAGUAAUUAUUCAUCACAAUGACACAGACAUUGUUCAAUUAUCUUACUAUAAUCCGUAUAUGAGUGAAUUUUUUAAACUUGAACAUUUAUUCGGCUGUUGGACUAGAAGGAAAGUUGAAAUGCCAAUCAAUAGUUUCAGCGAAGGAUUCGUUUGUGAAGCUGGUUGUCAUAAUGUAUCGCUACAUACAAAAUUCCGCGCGAACAAUCUAGGAACGUGUGUCGGUUUUCAAACGUAUUCCGUUAAAUACAGUGAAAAGGAGUACAUAGAGAAUCUAAGACUAUUUGAAGAUAAAUCUAUAAAUUUUAACAAAUUUCCUAUGCGAGCUUAUGCCGUCGAAAUAAGACCUUUUCUUGUUAUAAAAGAAGAAUCCCCCAGAAAUUACACAUUUCACCAGAGAGAUGGAAUGAUAUGGAAUACUAUAGCGGAGUUAAUGAACUUUACAAUAGAUGUUAGUUCCAACAAACAUCCAUUGAAAACGUUUGAGUAUGAAAAGAAUAUUGUUCAUAUUUAUGCAUUCAGUUUAAGAAAACUGGAUAUACUGAUUUUUCCUUUAUACCAAUUUGAUAUCAUGAUUUUGAAUAAUGAUAAUACCGUCCCCAUCGCUGAUAGUGGUGUUUGUUUGAUGGCCCACCGUGCUGUUUAUGAGACAAUAGUUUUUGAUCACAGAUUAAUUAUUAACAACUUGGUCUUGAUUAUCGAAUUCUCUUUGUGUUUUCUAUUUACUUGGAUUACGUUUAUAGUAUUCAAUUUUGAACGAUAUCAAAACUUGUCAUUCGACAGGGUAGGAAAAGAUCUUGUGAAUUCAUUCAGAACCGUGCUCUCGAUAAGUUUAUACAAACCACCGAAGCAAAGCACAUUCCGAAUAUUUUUAGCAGUUGCAAUCUGGUGUUUCUUUAUUAUUAACUUUACGUCGCAGGCUGCUAUUAUUUCCUUUUUCUCAGUUUAUAAGAAAGGUAAAGAAAUUGAUACGUUUGAACAGAUUUUAGAAAAGAAUUAUAACAUAGAAGGAAUUUCAUCACCCGAUGUCCUUUUGCCAGACGACGAAGAAAGAUUUCGUAAUAUUAACAGUAAAAUGGUUGCAGUGCAAAAUAUGAUUAUUUGUCCUUCGAGAAUGUUGAAUGACAGUAAAAGAUUUUGUAUACUAGAUUGUGCAAUGGGACGUUACUUAGAACGUAAUUUACUGAACGAAAAGGGACAGCAGUAUCUUCAUAUUGCAAGGCAAGAUCGAAUUCAUAGCCAUUACCUACAGAUGAUUUUUCAUAAACAUUCACCAAUGACAAAGCGUUACAAUAAAUAUAUACAAAUUUUAUUAGAGGGUGGAAUUAUUAACAAAUGGAUCGAAUAUAGAUUUCACGAUAUAAAGGAAGAUCUGCCGAUAAAAGCGUUGGGGAUGAAAGAUAUGGAAGGGAAAAUAAAGUUCCUUAUUUAUCGAAAGAAAUGUAAAGUACCAAAACGUAAGCUACCGAAACAAACUGUUUAG